AGUAAACACUUCAAUAGAAAUAGCAAUUCAGUCUUACGAGGUUUUGCAGGUCGCCAGCUUACCCACUUGAUAACGGUUUAUUCCGGCUGUAUAUCGGUGAUGCCUCGAUAUCCGCACAGUCAAGCAGUUCACAAUCUUAACAGCUCUCAAGGGCAAUCGAAGAGGAAAGCGAGUUUACGACUUCACAAUACAACAACUAAGACAAGCCAAAUAGGAAUCCUCGUCUUAUAUACCCAAUCCCAUCCACUCAGCUCAACUCUCCAAGCGGGAGAGGGAACAGAAGAAGGAAAAGAAAGCAUAAAAGAAGGCAGCCAACACACCGAGAAGCCCGACCCCACCCCAAGAAAACGAGGCAGAAACACUCUCCCUCACCGAAUAACAAACCAGAUUCCGGGAAAUAAAACAAGACCCAGCCUCACAAGACAUUUCAGCUGA